AGUCCAUUUGUUCUGCAGUGCGAUGGUGAGGCAAGGCAUCGUUGACACGAUGGAGAGAGCCCUCAGUGCUCCGGAAGUGAAGUCUUUAGUCAUCUGUGGCCAGAAGGAAACAUUCUGUGGAGGAGCAGACAUCAGGGAGUUUGGGACAAAGAUGUCUGGUCCUCCGCUGAUACCGCUGAUCCACGCCAUCGAGGCUUCGACCAAGCCGGUGGUGGCAGCCAUAGAGGGGGUCGCUUUAGGUGGAGGCCUUGAGUUGGCACUUGGCUGUCAUUAUCGCAUCUCACAUUCUAAAGCCAAACUGGGGCUUCCAGAGGUGACUCUGGGUCUGCUGCCAGCUGCGGCAGGAUCUCAGCGUCUGCCAAGGCUCAUUGGGGUUCCAGCUGCCUUAGACCUCAUCACCACAGGCCGCCACGUGACUGCUGCUGAGGCUCUGCAACUUGGAAUCGUGGAUCAGGUUACUGAUCACAGCACUGUGGAUGCAGCUGUGAAGUUUGCCUUGAGUGUUGCAGUGGCCAAGAGCUGCGCGGGGAGACCAGACUUCCUGCCUUGCGAUGGACUCUCCAUCUGCGCUACGCACAGCCACGGGAAGUGCUUCAAGCUGCACUGGUGCUGCCACUUGGGCUGGUGUCACUGUAAGUACGUUUACCAGCCCAUGACCAAUGUGUGCCAGCUGCCCAGCACCACCGUGCCACCCGUCGGCUCAGAGUGCAGCAGCACCAUCGACCUGUCCGUCUCCCUGGCCGAGCGCUUCCUGAAGCUCGCCCCCUGCUUCCAGUCCCCGCCUCACCUGGAGUCGCCCAAGUACUGCGUCAUCGCGGACCUGUUUGUGGACGACUACAUUGUCAAACGCAUCAACGGGAAGAUGUGCUACGUGCAGCGCCCCCCGCCUCCCUUGCCGGAACCUCCUCGUCCUCCGACUCCUCCCCCGCCGGCUCCAGCUACGCCUCAGAUGCCCCAAAAUCCAAGUCAGCCUCGGCAGCCGGUCAAGCCGACGCCGCCGACCCAACACACGCCUGCUCCCGCGCAGCCGGUCCAGCAGGUGUACAGUGAACACAAACACCCCUCCCCUGUGGAUAAGAUAAAAGGCCCCAAAAUGGACCACUGCUCCUCUCCGUCCAGCUCCGAGGACUCCGGCAUCAACGCGUUGGGUCUGCACUACCUGGAGUCCUGCGAGGAGGAGAGCGAGGAGGAGGAGGACGACGAGUUGAGCACAGAUGGAAACUCCAGCCCCGGCAGCCUCUGGGAUCAGGACGACUGUUCUCUGCUCUCCCCCUCCAAGUCCAUGAUAGAGAUCAUCGAAAAGAUCGAAACAACUGUGUAACUGACGUGCCGUCAACGUGGACGCCAAUCUGUGACGGAAGAUCUCCAGAGCAGAAUCGUAUUAUUUAACAAUAACACUAGAGGAUUUAUUUUACUGGACCAAUAGGAAAUAAACCCCCCUGUGACACUGCAGCAGGGCUUUGCCGGGUUGUUUUGAGUCAAAUUUGUUUUCCUGCAGGUGGCCGGGGACUGUACGCCUACAGUCUGCCACAGCCUCUCCUCUGUCCACAUCCUCUGCAUGGAGUGAAUUUCUAGAACUUAUUAAAAUAACGGAGGAAGCACAAGAAUAUCAAGUACAUGCACAGUGGACCAAAAAGACCUCCUGUACAUGGUUAUACGGUGAAAAACCGAAAAUACAAAAAAGAAUCUAGAGUAGGUGCACUUCAGAGGAAAGAAAGAACAAAAAAAAAAAAAAGGGAGACUUUUUUCCUCUGAGAUUUCUCUUUAGGUAUAUAUUACUGGAGCUAAAUUAUGUAUGAACAAAGGUGGUAUAAGUAUGUUUUCUGAUGAUAAUGAGCAGUUAGGUAAUUCUUAGUGUUCUGCAGUUGUCAAUCUGUCAGACGUUAGUAUAAUUCAGCAUUCAAGUGGCAAAUGAGCAUGCCAUUCCUUGUUCUCUGGUCAGUGGCUCCACCCACACAUAUUAGUAAUUCUGACACUUCAGCAUAAUAGCGACAAGGCCAGCUACCUCUCAUGGGCCUAAAGCACAUCAGCCUUUUAACCCAUUAAUUACCCAGCUCAGCGCUGCUAGGACACACCUGCUUUUACCACAUUAAUAAAAAAGGUUUCUGGCCCACAGUUUGUCUGCACUUUACUGACACCAUCACAGGCGUUAGGUAAGUAAGUACGUAGGUCAGUGUUUGACAAUCAAGGAUUACACAGAAGCACAUUCCUAUACUGUACCUGCCAGCGAAGACCAAGGACGUACCUUCUAAAACCAUUUUAUCAGACAUUUACAUAUUCUUCUGAGCCUGACCACCUCUUCUGGUCAGGCUGAACUGAGCUGCAGUGGUGUUCAGGGUUAAUUGGGGCGUUAAGCAAAACAUGACUUGGAGUGACCUCUAUUAGCAGCCAAGAAAUUAAACAGCAUGGACGUGUCUCUGGCACGACGACAAUGACAAAAGUAGGAGUGACGUUGUCACGCAAGAGACUAGUAAGACACAUAACACAGAGGGAAUAUAUCUAAUUUAUACAUAUAAACCUAUAUAAUAAUAAUAAACCUGCAUUGUUAUUUGCUUUGGGGGCUAAAAUAUCUUUUCAUGGCGACAGAAGGAGUCUGAGAAAGAAGUUCAGGGUAGCCUUUACUAGUAUGUCACAGUUGUUUGUGCUUUGGGGCAAAAAAAAGUCACUUAAUGCACCUUUCAAAAGGAGAUUACAGUAAGCGAUAGGAUGCUGAAUACGUGUUGUGAUGUUGUGAUUGACAUGGUUUAAUAAGAAAUCAGACAGCCCCUUAUUAGUAAGUGAAUAAAAUGAAGCUGGGCUGCGUCUUUUCUUUCUUUUUUUGUGUGUUAUUUACUGGAGUUGUCAGUAAAAAAAUCACACAAUUUUUCACAAUUAUGUAUUGCUGCAAUGCUACAAACACUAGAUGUAAAAAAAGAAAAGACAAAAAAAGGCAUUUUGCAUGACUGCAUUGAAUUACAAAGUCCCUCAUGUCAAAUUCCAAUCCAACAACUCAGUGUGUUCAAACAGCCGACGAAUCCUGAAUCAGUUAUUCAAAUAAGGUGUUAAAUUCAGGGACAGCCCUCGACAUCACACUGAACACAGUCCCUCUUAAUGCAGUUUAAAACAUACAUUAUGUUCUUAUUAUUGUUAUAUUAUUAUUUUCAUAUGAAUAAAUCUUAAUGAAACUCA